UGCGCACUUUGGAAAUCGCCUUGUGGUCUUCUGGUCAGGAGGCACGGGCUUCCUGGGGCCGUGGUCGCCCUCGCGUUGGGACUGCUCUUGGAAGGACAGGGUCCCCUUGGGCCUUAGAGGGCUCCGAAGGGGGUCCUUGAGGUCGACUGCACUGAUGGGAAUGUGGGGUGCUGUGGUUUGAUUUUAGGUUCGAAGAGGAGAGACAUGGAAGGUGGUCAUUUCCCUGUCACCGUGGACUAUGAAGCCGCGGAGAGGUACAGCUCAAGAGGCCUGCUGGAGGAGCAGAGUGGCCAUUCCCUUGCUACCGAGAGCUGGGAGUCUAGCUAUGCCUUCUUCACCAGAAGGGACCCACCAGUGGACUCCACGGAGGAAGAUGAAGAAUCUGAGGGCACCCUAAAGGAGCAGGACCUGAAGGGAUCCUACUUCCAGCUCACCCAAGGGGUACAGGAGUGGCAAGAUGGCUGUGUCUACCGAGGGGAAUUUGGGCUCAAUAUGAAGCUUGGCUAUGGGGAGUUCUCUUGGCCCACAGGUGAGGUCUACCGUGGGCAGUUUUACCGGGACCACUGCCAUGGUAUGGGCACCUACACAUGGCCAGAUGGCUCCAGCUUCACAGGGAUGUUUUAUCUCAGUCAUCGAGAAGGUUAUGGCACCAUGUACAUGAAGACAAGGCUGUUCCAAGGGCUGUAUAAAGCAGGCGAGCGGUUUGGACCGGGCAUUGAGACCUACCCUGAUGGCAGCCAGGAUGUCGGCCUGUGGUUCCGCCAACACCUCAUUAAACUGGGAACAGAGACUCCCAACAGCUUCUCCCUCGUCAACUACCCAGAAUUCUCAGCCUUCCUCACACACUCCCGGGAAAGAAUCAGUCUUUCAGAUGAGGAAAAUGUGCAGUGGGGUCCACCCGAGGGGCAGGACCCCUUCUUCUAUGAGUACAAGCGGUUUCUCCUGCAUGACGACCUAACGCUACCUCCAGACAUGUACAUCUACUCAACCGACAACACCCACCUUCCCAUGACGGGCUCCCUCCGCAGAGAGCUGGAUGCCCGCAUCUUUGUUAAUGACAUCCCUCCAUUCGUCGAUGAUGGAGAUCCCUGGUUUAUAACAAACGAGACUCCUUUACUGGUCAAAAUUCAGAAACACACAUACAAGUUCAGGAAUAAGAAGGCUCACAGCAGCUGGAACAUGGACGCCAUCUUGGAGGGGAAUCGUGCUGCCUUUGGAUGCAGUGGGCCCAGGGAGCAGGUUUCCAGGGAGAUGAUCUUGAAGGCUGAGGCAGGGGACCAUGACUGGAUUUAUGCAGUCCUGAAGGACAACCUUGCCUGUGCUGAUGUGGCGGAUUCAAAGGGCUACACUGUGCUUGCUGCAGCCGCUGUGCAUUGUCACACUGACGUUGUCAACCUUCUCCUGAACUAUGGGGCUGAUGUGAACAAGUGCUCAGACGAGGGACUCACACCACUCAGCAUGAGCUUCCUUCUCUACUACCCCAGCAAGUCCUUCAAGCCCAACAUUGCUGAGAGGACUGUGCCCCAGGAACUUCAAAAACUAGGCACCCCAAAAAUUUCCAUCUUGGCCCAGGAGGCGAAUGAGGAGAAUCUCUGUGAGGUGGCUGUGCCCACUUCAAGCAGUGAGGGGCAGAGGGCACUGCGGAGCCUCUCAGGAAGCCAGGAUGGACUGGAGCCAGGCAGGCGGUCCCAGGGGUCCAUCCAGCGGAAGAGCAGCAGUCAGAGAUGGGACACCCAUUCAGUAAAGAGCAACAGCUGUGACCUGGGGAAAAAGCUAGAGGAUAAAGCAGAAAACGACAUAAGCUCGCUGUACAGCAUGGAAACAAACUUUGAGUCCAUGCUGUGUGUGCGCAACUACUCCAUCCAGGUUUCAAAGGACAUCUUGGAAAAGAGUACCCAGGCCUACAGCAGGCUGCGGAUCCUCUCCUCCACAGACAAAGGAACUAUAAGGAAGAUGGCACAGACCAUGGCUGAACGCAGAAGCCGUUGGCUGACCAUCAAGCUGCUGCUGCAACGAGGCGCUGACCCUAAUCUGUGCUGUGUGCCCAUGCAAGUCCUCUUCCUUGCUGUGAAGGCCGGGGAUGUGGAUGGGGUGAGGCUGCUUUUGGAGAAUGGGGCCCGGACUGACAUCCAGUACCCCCCACAGCUGCAGUCCCUGACUCCACUCCACAUCGCGGCCUCCCUUCCCGGGGAAGAGGGUGUCAGUAUCACAGAGCUGCUGCUGCACGCAGUCACCGAUGUGGAUGCCAGGGCGGCUGACCAGGACGACAUGUACAAACACAGCAAGCUGGACUUGCUACCCUCAAGCCUGAAGCUCAGCAAUGAACCAGGCCCUCCUAGCAACUACUAUACCUUGCACACAUGUGUGCCUGAAGAGGGAGGCCGGACGGCUUUGCAUGUGGCCUGUGAGAGGGAGGACAACAAGAAGUGUGCCAGGGACAUAGUUCGGCUCCUUCUCUCCCACAAAGCAAAUCCCAACAUGCUGUGGAGUGGCCACUCUCCACUCUCUCUGUCUAUUGCCAGUGGCAAUGAUCUGGUUGUGAAGGAGCUUCUGUCCCAUGGAGCUGACCCCAACCUGCCUCUGACUAGAGGCUUGGGCACCGCCUUAUGUGUUAUCUGUGAUGUGGCCUAUGAGCAGCAGAGGAGCACUGACCACAAGAUAGCGCUGAUUGACCAGCUCAUUAACCAUGGAGCAGACAUCCUGAAGCCUGUGGUGCUCAUUCAGGGUGACAAGACGGCAGUGGGCACAGCUGUGGACUAUGGCUACUUCAAGUUCUACCAGGACCGGAAGAUUGCUCACUGCCCCUUCCAUGCGCUGAUGCCUGCAGAGCGGGAGAUAUUCCUGGGUCGGAAGAGGUUGCUGGAGUACAUGGGUGUGAAGCUGAGGCGCGCUGUCCUUGACAAGGAGAGUCAGUUGGACACGAAGACACUGUACCUGAGCAAGAGAGCGGAGCUGUCCCCCAGCCAGAGGCUGAAGAAGAGGAGCUCAAGUACGUCCAGGACAUCUGAGAAGAUGGUCCAGGAAAGCGCACUUCAAACACAGAAAGCCUUUGAAAAAGAAACCGAGAGAGAUACCCAGAAAUCUGAAACCCUGCUGGACUGCUUGAUGCGUGUCCGCCUGCGGCCACCAGGGAGCAUCAAGUCUCCCCUCCCUCUCCUUGCCACCAGGGGAGAGGACUGAACCCUCAUGUCCCAGAGCAGCUGAGUCACCUGGUACCGGGACUGCCUGGAUGUGUAGAAGGGCAGGAAGCAGAGGAUGUGCUGCCACCACGGGGGCCACUGCAGGUGCCCUUGGAGGACUCUUCCUUCCCAGAGCUACUUGGUGUGCUUCCCUGGAGUGUGCAGUCUGGCCCUGAACAGGGACAGGCUCUGCUCCUUGUGCCCGCCCCCCAGUCCCAGCUCCAGCACUGCAUGGUCUUCUGCGAUGGAAACACGAUGUGAAAUGUAUGUCAGGCAGAGUGGCUCCCAGAUAAAAAGACCCACAGAUGUA